AUGACCAGACACGCCCCGCUGGGCACCGCGGCCAUCAUUUUCCUCUCGGGUUCCAUCGUUCUGCUGCUAUUCGUCAUCCUGUCUGCAAUCCGCGACACAACGCCCCUGAACCACACCUGGUUCCUCGAGGCCGACACCACAGGCAUCACCGGCGCCCGCAAUGGACUGACGCGAUGGAACUACUUUUACUACUGCAACGACCAGAACGCCGAGUGCUGGGGUGCCUGGCCCGCUCCGGCCUUUGGCUGGGCUUGGGGCCGUGAUGCGGCCAACGUUCCCGCCGGCCUCUCCGGUAGCCACGGGGGCGGCACCACCAGCACCGAAUUCUUUUACCUGUGGCGCUUCGGCUGGGUUAUGUACCUGAUUGCUCUCUUCUUUAUGGCUCUGGCGUGGUUCGCCAGUUUCCUCGCCUGUUGCGGCCGCCUCGGGGCCGCUGUCGCCGGCUUGGUUUCCGCUUCGGCUCUGUUUUUCCUGACAAUUGCCGCCGCCCUUAUGACCGCAACAUUCGUGAAGGCACGCAACGCGUUCCAAGCCGAGGGUCGUGAGGCCCACAUCGGCACCUACGCCUUCGGCUUCACCUGGGGAGCCUGGGCCGCUCUUCUCAUCGCGACCCUCUUGUUCUGCAUCGGCAUUCGUGGCGACAAGGCCAACUCUGGAGGCAGCCGUUUCAGCCGCAAGCGCAGCACUCGCAGCCGCCAGUCUUUCGACGUCAACAGCAGCCGCCGCGUCAAGGAAGACUACGCUUGA